AUGUUUGUUCUUGCAGUUUCCGGCGAAGUGCCGGAGGAGCCUGUGGUUUCAACUAAGUCCGGACUCCUCUUUGAGAAGCGGUUGAUUGAGCGCCACAUCGCUGACUAUGGAAAAUGCCCAGUAACUGGGGAGCCUUUAACAAUGGAUGACAUUGUUCCAAUUAAAACCGGGAAGAUUGUGAAGCCUCGUCCAGUUCAAGCUGCAAGUAUUCCGGGAAUGCUUGGGAUGUUUCAAAUUGAAUGGGAUGGUCUGAUGCUAUCAAAUUUUGCUCUGGAGCAACAGUUGCAUACCGCAAGGCAAGAGCUAAGUCAUGCUUUGUACCAGCAUGAUGCAGCAUGCCGUGUCAUUGCAAGGUUGAAAAAAGAAAGGGAUGAAGCAAGAGGAUUAUUAGCACAAGCUGAAAGACAAAUUCCUGCAUCAAUAGCCAUAGGAGCUACUAAAGAAGUUAGCUCUGUUGCUUUGAGCAACGGAAAAAGAGCUGCUGAGGAGGAUGAUAUAGGUCCCGAUGGGAAAAGGAUUCGACCAGGAAUCUCGUCCAAUGUCAUUUCGGAGCUUACUGAUUGUAAUGCAGAACUUUCUCAUCAAAGGAAAAAAAGACAGAUACCCCCAACAUUGGCUCCUGUUGAUGCUUUGGAAAGGUACACACAGCUCAGUAGUCAACCUCUCCACAAGACCAAUAAGCCUGGGAUAUUAUCAUUGGAUGUGCACUAUAAAAAGGAUAUCAUAGCAACUGGUGGAGUAGAUACAAACGCUGUGGUGUUUGAUCGGCGUUCUGAAGCGAUUUUAUCUACUCUCAGUGGUCAUUCAAAGAAGGUAACCACUGUAAAGUUUGACGCUGAAGGGGAUGUAGUACUUACUGGAUCAGCUGAUAAGACUGUUCGGUUGUGGCAAAGAUCAGAAAGCGAAAACUACGACUGUAGGCACAUCUUGAAGGAUCAUACUGCCGAGGUGCGAGCAGUUACUGUUCAUGCAACCAACAAAUACUUUGUGACGGCAUCACUCGACAACACAUGGUGCUUUUAUGAUCUUUCUUCUGGUCUAUGCCUCGCUCAGGUUUCAGAUUCUUCGGAAGCGGAUGGCUAUACUGCUGCUGCCUUUCAUCCUGAUGGUCUCAUCCUUGGAACUGGCACUACUAGUGCUCAAAUUAAGAUCUGGGAUGUUAAAAGUCAGACAAAUGUUGCCAAAUUUGAAGAUCCUACUGGGCCAGUUACAGCGAUUUCGUUCUCAGAAAAUGGUUACUUCUUGGCGGCUGCUUCUUCUGAUGGUGUAAGACUUUAUGAUCUUCGUAAAUUGAAAAAUUUCCGAAGCUUUUCCCCUUAUGAUGGAGAAUCCUCGACACAGUCAGUGGAAUUUGACCACAGUGGAAGCUACCUUGCCUUUGGAGGCGCGGAUAUAAGAGUAUACCAAACUGCCAGUGUGAAAUCUGACUGGAAUUGCAUCAAAACAUUCCCAGAUUUGUCUGGGACUGAUAAGAUAAACUGCGUUAAAUUUGGGCCUGAUGCCAAGUACAUAGCUGUUGGAUCAAUGGACAGAAACCUAAGAAUAUUCGGGCUGCCUGCGGAGAAGGAUUCUUCUGAGCCUUGA